AUGAACUUGGACAAAAACACCAAGGAAUACAGUCAUGAAUGUUCAGAAAGAAACAAAAAUAAGGAGGUUGUAUUCGCAGCUGAUCCUCCUGCGGACAAUUCGAAAUGUAAACGCUAUUCGACCGCAAAAUAUGAUAGGAGAACUCGUCAAAAAAUAAGAGAGAAAAUUCGUCUCGAAAAUUUUGUUUUUGAACAACUUCGCCUUCUUUACAAUACGGAAGUAGACGAUUAUGAUUGUGAUAUUGAUAUGGAUGAACUGUGUGCACUUCAGACAAACGAAGAAAAAGUUUUCAAUCUAAAAGUUGGUUGGAAUUGUUUCUUGACACGUUUUUGCUAUAGGAAAAACUUAGGUCUUGUCCUGCUAAGCAAGAUCAAAUCGACGAGUUCAUAG